CAGCAUAUCUCGUAUAAAGCAUCAUGAUUUGCCUACGACUGCGAUUGCGACUACAAGUCCAGUGGAGCGCUGGGCCACCAGUGUGGUUCGUAUUGGCCGUGGGUAUUUGUGUGACGCUCACCUAGGAACACGUGUCUUCUUGUUUUCAUUGGGGUUUCAAAAAUUCACCUUUGGGGUAUCUCCAGUGGGAGGUUCAUCUUUUCCAGCAUGUCGCUAACACCUGGAACUCAGUCGCUGGAAGGGUUCAGUGCAAUUGGCACUGGAAUUUAUCUCCGGGAUAUCCGUGAGCAAUGCCAGGAUACUACAUCGCCAAACGUUAUUUUGAUAUUCGGAUGGAUGGGAGCACAACUCAGGCAUUUGCAAAAUUAUACCCAUGCAUAUACCAAGUUAUAUCCAAAGGCAUCUCAAAUUGUUGUUCGGUGCAAUCCCGACGUAUUCUGGACCACAACCGGUACUAGGGAACGGCGCCUCAUGCCUGUAAUCGAUGCCUUAGAAGCACUGCAUUGUCUCCCAUCUUCUUCUCCUGCCCAACCACCUCCCCGCAUUCUCACUCACGUGUUUUCCAAUGGAGGCUCCCUGCAAAUGACGCUUCUUGGAAACAUGCUGAAGCGGAAAUAUGGUUCUGCAUUAAUUCAAGGGUUCAUCAAGAGCGCGUUGAUCCUUGACUCGUGUCCAGCAGUGGGUAACCUAAGAACAAUUAAACUCGCUUUCAGCGCGGUCUUCCGGAACCCAAUUCUCCGGUUCAUCGUACUCAGCAUGAUAUACACCAUGCACUUCGUCGGCCUCGGCCUCUCUCUGCUAUUGGGUAAGCGAAUAAUGUUGAUGGAAAACCUCCGGAUCGAAAUGUGGAAUCCCCGUGUCCUGCCUUGGAUGGGCCUCCACACACCCCGCCUCUAUCUUUUCUCGCGCAAGGAUAAAUUGAUUCCGUGGCAAGAUGUCACGCAACAUGCUGAGAUUUCGAAGGAGCGCGGAAUGGAUGUACAUUGCGAACUGUUUGAAGAGAGUGAGCAUGUGGCACAUAUCCGGGUCGAGCCAGAGAGGUAUUGGUCUUCAGUCCAGGUGAUUUGGGCGGCCGCAAUCUCGAAGGAAAAAGAUGAAGAUAAGAGGAUACUUAAUUGAUUAUAGAUUUCUGUCAGAAAAUCAUAGAUAAUGCGUCCACGUAUUGGUUGACGAUGUCAUAGUUGCGAUUUGCUGCGAGCACCCUUCCAACUACAUAGAGCUGCAGUUUACUUUUUCAGGCUGACUAUACAUUGCAAG